AUGCCCAAGCCAGUGCUUCACAAUCGCUCGAGUCAUCUUCUGCAGGCGGCCUCACUAGGCAAAGGUGUCGAGAGUAGUAGCAUCAAGAAAUAUUUGAGCUGUGUUUCAUCUCUUCCUUCUAUUGAUAAAGCAGCGAUUGCCCUGCCUGCAGUUGUUGUGGAAAAACGCUUUGGCGCAUUUCUUUAUUUGCCUCGCGCAGCCAGCAGCUUGGCCACCAUACAUACCUGCGUACAUGGGUUGCCAGCACCGGUGCAACUCCUGGAGCGGCAAGAAACCACAGCGCGAGGGACUGUAUUUAGGUUUCCUCGUUGUAUUUUUGUAAAUACAGCGAAACAGCACACGAUCACGACGCGCAGCCGCUUUUUCACCACCAUGCCGACGAUUUUUGACAAGAUUCUGGAUAAGGAGAUUCCUUCCGAGAAGGUGUACGAGGACGACCAAGUUUACGCCUUCAAGGACAUCAGCCCGGUAUGGAAUAUACGUUGAUUUUUUGUCAUCUCAUCAGUCGUGGCCACUCAGCAUACGGAUGAGCAUGUGCAUGAUCUUUUUCCUGUAUUACUCCGUGACGCAGGAGCAGGUAGUUGUGGGUAUAUUAGUUGAACGAACCCUGUGUUAGUGUUUGGCUGUGCAACAUGGAUCACAAACGAAUCCAACACAAAUUCCAAUUAUUAUCCUCGAUUUGGAGCUGCAUCAACCAUUAUCUACUUCUGCGAAGUAGAAUCCCCUCACCACCACAGCAAGCGCCGGUGCAUGUGCUCGUGAUCCCAAAAGUGCGGGAUAUUCCGCGCAUCUCGGAAGCCCGCGAAGACCACAAAGCCGUACUUGGUCAUCUAUUCUACGUGGCAGGAAAGAUCGGGCGAGAGCUCUGUGGGGAGAAGGGGUUCCGGAUCGCGGUCAACGACGGAGACAACGGCGGACAAACGGUGUAUCAUUUGCACCUGCACGUGCUGGGCAACCGGCCCAUGACCUGGCCGCCAGGGUGAGAAGGAAAACGGAGUUGCGCAGGAUGAAGAUUUCUUUCAACAUUAAUGAGAACGAAAGAAUAUUAGAUUUGAUUUUCAUUCCCACGAGGAAGAUCGCAAUGUCACUGAAGACCAAAAUGGGAGCACCAGAUGCUGGAAUUUUGCGCGAAAAAAAUGUCAUGUCAGUAUUCUCUGGGUUGUCUCCGGCGUGCUCCUUCAUCAUUCUUGACAGCUCAUAGUGCAGCCGCAGUGCGUUCAU